AUGUUGUCUCACGUGUGUGAUCUGUUUCCUUCACCAGCCAAGAGGAACGACAGACCCAUCAUUGGAGUACUGGCUCAAGAAGUGAGCGUCCCAAAGGCCAAUCAAGUCUCUUACAUCGCUGCCUCCUAUGUGAAGACCCUGGAGGCAGCGGGAGCGAGGGUGGUGCCGGUCAUGAUUAACCAGACACCGGAGGAGUAUAAGAAACUGUUCAACUCCAUUAACGGGGUCCUUUUCCCGGGAGGAAGCGCCAACAUCACGUCAUCGGGUUACCAACGAGCUGCAAAGACCUUCUACGAACUCGCCAUCGAGGCAAACGAGAGGGGCGACUACUUUCCCGUGUGGGGCACCUGUCUGGGAUACGAGCAGCUGGCGGUUUUGACGAGUGGAAAGAACUUGCUGUCAAUCACCGAUACGACCGGUGUGGCGUUACCCCUGAACUUCCUCCAUGAAGCCAAAGACAGCAGGAUAUUUCGAGGCUUCCCGGCUGAACUCCUUGAAGAUCUGGCUUUGGAGCCGCUGACGGCAAACGUUCACCAGUGGAGUGUGACGGUGUCGACUCAUAACACAAACAAGGAGCUGAACAACUUUUACAAAGUCGUCUCCACGAAUACGGACGGCACCACCGAGUUCGUGUCCACGGUGGAAGCGUACGACUACCCGAUUUAUGGGACUCAGUGGCAUCCGGAGAAAAACGCAUUCGAAUGGCGGAAGCCUUACAUUCCACACUCUCCAUCGGCGAUCAAGACCUCCUUCUACAUAGCCGACUUCUUCGUCAACGAAGCCAAGAAGAGCUUUCACAGAUUUGAAUCCGAGGAGGAGGAGAGCAAGGCGCUGAUCUACAACUACAACCCCGUUCACGCCGACUCCACCAGGGUCUUUGAGCAGAUCUAUUUCUUCUGA